UUCGGCGAAUCAUAAAAGCUGAAAAAAGUUGCACUAGAUAUUCGUUGGCAUAGAUUUGAACUAUUUUGAUUGCCAAUCCAAAUGUAAUGAGUGAUCGUUGCUACAUAGCAACAUGAGCACGUGUGAGAGGAUCGCUAGUAACACGGACGCACACACACACUAUAGCAACAGACAACCUGUGUGCAGAAAGGGAGAGGGUGGGCCCUUGACGUCGUUUCUCGUCAAAGACUCAAAGAUUUCGGAGAGAACCAUAUCCAGGUUUGCUUACUUGCUAUUCACCACGGCAUUGUCAUGACUUUAACGAAAAGGGCACAGAGCUCAAGGUUACAAAUCAAUAAUUGGAAUGGUUUCGUUUGACUUCACCUGUCCAAGUGUGGAGCGGAGAAGAGAGUCAAGACACCCCCAAGGCACACAUCACCAGCGCUGCCUGUGCUUGGAGCUACUGGCUGACAGAUCCUUCGCAUAAGGAGGAACUAGAGGGAGUCUGACAAGCGAUAAGAUCCUCUCUUCCAAACCACCAACAACGAUUGGUAAAGCACCUUCACCAAGCGUAAUGAGAGCUCCAGGCUGAAUUUGGAGUGGCUGCUCUCAGCUGAAUCCAAAAGGGUUUUCGUGAGAUUUUCUAACCCAACUGGGUGUGUACAGCACCGUGCCCGCUGUUACUCUGGACUGCACUCGAUAUACCUUAUUUACUAAGUCAUGUCUUAUACAGAGCGAUGGGUAAGUUCGACGACAACGAGAGGAUAAUCCUCAACGUUGGGGGAACCAGGCACGAGACGUACAAGAACACGUUGAGGACACUGCCGGGGACUCGGCUGGCCCUUCUUGCCUCUGAUUCUGACAUCGAGUCCGUUUUGGAUCAGCUGCAACAAGUCCCCGGCUUCAUAGAGUACAACACGCGGAACAACGAAUACUUUUUUGACCGCCACCCAGGGGUAUUCGCUUAUGUCCUUAACUACUAUCGAACCGGGAAACUCCAUUGCCCAGCAGAUGUUUGUGGUCCGCUGUUCGAGGAAGAGUUGUCCUUCUGGGGAAUCGAUGAGACGGACGUGGAGCCUUGCUGCUGGAUGACCUAUCGCCAACACAGGGACGCCGAGGAGGCGCUCGAUGUGUUCGACAUAAACGUUGACAAUGGAGACGACGACGAAGAGACGGGGAAAAGACUCGGCAUUGAGGACGUGGUUGAUCCUAAUAUCAGCCGCUGGAAAAAGUGGCGACCUGUGAUUUGGAAUCUAUUUGAGGAUCCCUAUUCUUCCAGAGCCGCCAGGGUGAGCCAUGAUGAUACGCUAUCCUUUAACCCUGGCAACCUGUUUUGGCGGCUGGGAGUGAGACAGGAUGGCUGGGAAAGGUAUGAUAAGGAAUUUAAAGUUCAUUUAAGACGUCCACAGUACACCCCCACAAAUAUGUCAGAGUGCAAUGAAAUAAACGCUUUUAUAAUGAUAUUUACCAUAGCGUCUCUUGUACUAACUCAUCACUGGU